GUGUGAAUCUAGUAGACUUAAAAUACGGAGUAGUUAAAAAGAAAAUGGGAGUAGAAUUGUUGGGCCGAAAGGUGCCCACCUUCACGUUCUUGGUCUUUUCUUUCGUUCAAUCCCUCUACCGUUCAGGCGUUCACAGUAUUCCGGCCUAGAUGGCGGAGAUGGCGGAGACCGAGAAGAAAAUCAAAUUAGAGAGUUCCGACGGCGUGAUUACUGUAGUCGAUGAGUCGGUGGCGAUCCAGUCUGACAUUCUCAAGCGUUUAAUCGAGAAUGUCAAUACCGACUCUGUUAUCCCUCUGCCUUGCGUGGAUCACUACACUCUGACAAGGGUGAUUGAACAUUGCAAGCGCCACGUUGAUGGUGUGAAUCCUCCCGAUCUGCAAGCGGUUGAUGAAGGAACUGUCUUCAAGCACAUGAUGUAUCACUCCGUGGAGAACGGAUUUAGGUUGCCCCUCCACGGUCUGCUUCGCGAUCUCUACCUCCACUUCGGAUUUGCUCCGGGUCAACUGACCGCCAAUGCACACAAGUAUGUCGCAUCCUUCAUCUUGAGGUGUUGUGCCCUGGACAGAGCCCCGAAACUGGACGAAUUCCUUCUCCUCUUCAGUAUCGGAGGUUUCCCCUUUUACAGCCUAUAUCCUCACAAUCAUUUUCCCAUUUUUGAGAAGGUUGAACUCAAGAUCGACAAAUGGUGGCUGAAAUACUUCGUCAUUGAGUUUCCGGCUCAUAGCCCCAUCGAUCUGCCGGGUGUCGUCCUCCGCCGUUCCAUUUCCCGGACGAAAUUCGCCCCAGCAGACUUGGCGGGGGGUGUGUAUAAUGCUUUGAGGGAGAAGGAGGGUUUAAUUUCCCACCACUCUCUCCAAGAAGCUAGUCUGUACAAGAAGGCAGGUUUUUACUACCCUCUGGGUCCUGACCCGGUCCCCUUUGAGGAGGUGCCUUCCCCUGAGAGAUCGAAGGCUCCUCCCGCUGCAGAGUCCACCCCCGCUGCAAGCUCUUCCAGGGUCCAAUCCCAAGGCAACUCCACUACCUUGGUUGUGCGCAAUCCGGUCGCUGCCCUGGACGUUGUUCCUCUCUCCGCCAUUCCCGGGCUCAGGAGGCCCACUCCGUCCCAGAAACGACCCAGGGAGGGAGUCACUGAUGAUGACUUCCUACCGAAAAAGAAUAGGGGUGAUAAUAUCUCCGUUUCACCCAGCCCCCUGUCAACCUCUUCUGGUCCUCAGAACUCUUCUUCCGCUGCCACUCCCGGAAGUUUAGGGCUAGAGUUACCCAACCCGGGAAGUCUGGAUCAGGAGGCAGAUGAACAUCCAGGCCUGGCGUCACUCACAAAACCUGCGAAAGAACCAGAGUCCUCUCUUGCAGCAGAGGAUGAAGUUGAAGUGCUGCUAGAAACAGAAAUCUCCCACCCAGAGGAGAAUGAGGCUGGAGAGCAGAGGGAUGCCAAAGCUUCUCCAGAAGUGAGGAAAGAGACUGAGGCGCAACAGACUCAGGAGGAGCAGCGAGAGCCGGAAGAACGACAUCCCGCUACUGCUCCCCCAGCUGUCAAUCUUCCCAUCCGGCGCAAGUUCACGCCACAGACUUAUUCCGCUUUCGCAGAGGGUUGGGAAGGCUUCUCCCGCGGUUUGAGAUCCUUGCAAGCUUCCCAUUGGACUAUCCAGGGGAAUCUAGAAAGGAUGCAGGGAUUAGUGCAGGAACCCACAAUUCCCCAAGCUCGCCCUGAUCUGCUCGCCCUCAAUGCCCUGCAUCUCAUGGAACAGGCCCAGCAAUCGCUCCUUACUUUGACUGAGGAGUACCUGGGUGGAGCAUCGGGAAACUUCCGGGCUGUAAUGCUUCUGAGGGAAAGGGAACUAGCUGCCAGGGCCUUGCGACAGAAGGUUGACUCCCUGGAGCAACAAGUCCAGAUCUUGCAAGGGGAGAAUGCUCGGCUCCAAGCAGAUGGCUCCACGGAGCUUGCAGCUGAGAGAUCCAAGGUUCAGUCCCUACAAGAUCAGAUUGCCAAUUACCAGAAGGAGACCCAGGAUCUGGAAGUGCAGUUCGAUAGAUUCCGGGCACAAAUCUCAACUCUGGAAUCAAGGGCCUCAGCUUCAGAGGGCCAGGUAGGAAGCCUGAAAGCUGAGUUGGCUGAAAGGGAGUCCAGGAUUUCUGCGCUGGAGGAAUCCCUCCAGGAUGCCAAGCAUGAGAGUUCCCGUUACAAUGAAUUCGCCCUGAAGCAGAUGGAGGCAAGGCGGCUCGUCCUCGAGCAGUUGAAAGGAGAGAGACAGGCUGCAAGUGAGCUCCGGGCAAAGGUGGAUGAACAAGAGAAGAUGGUCGCUGCUCAUCAAGAGGAGGUGGCCACCCUGAUUGCCCGUGCCAAAGCCCUCUACGAAGAGGGACAAUUUGACAUGCAACAAUGCAUCUACGGGGCAGUCCAGAGUGGUCUCCCAGAGAACCGCACUUUAGAUGACUUCAUCUCCUACUAUGGGUUACCUCUUCCUCUUCCUCCCCCAGCUUCUCGUGCAGACCCGGGGCCUUGACUUUAUCCCUCCUUGUUGACUGUCAUAUUUUGCCUUGUAAUUAUUUGGAUUAUGGUAAAUUGAUAACACCUGAUGUAUUUCUGUCCAUAUAGACUCCUUUAGUAAUCUGACUGUUUCCCUUUUGGAAUUCUUAUUUCGCCCUAGGACUUAGCAGAUUUUUUUUAUCCGCCUAGGCUUUGGGCUU